AUGAAUACUAGAAUAAACAAUAUCUAUGUGGGAAUAUAUUUACCAGCGGUCGUCAACAAUUUAAUGAGGGCUCCUCCUCCGCCUAGAAGAUCGAGAUCUAGAUUUCUCGCGCUUUGCGUAGUACGCCUUCGCCAGUUGAUAAGCGGUCAUAGAUUAAAGAAGCGCUGGCAUUUGCACAAGCUCCACGAGUUCCAGAGAAAAGGCCUAAUAUGCCUCAGUCCGGAAUCUGGCAUUCGUGCUGAGGAUAUGAUAAACAUUCCGAGUGCGUUACAGCCUAAGAAGACCAGACAAAAGCCUUUGUUGAUUGCCGCAUUUCCCAAAGGGUGCUCAAGAUCACCAAGGGUCCGAGUACUGCAAAGAAAUAGGCUUUCGAGGCUAAUGAUCAGUAAAAGAAAGUACAAGUUGAAGCCUUUUGAGGUUAAAGGACGGCACGAUCGUGAAGAAGAUGGUGCAGUUACGCACAGAUGUGCGCAGACAGUUGGAUCUAUAAAAAAGCUGACUGCCAGUAACGCGGAUGUAAGAGUAAUAUUUCAUGACACCAAUGUGAUUAAGUGCUCAAAUUUGAUUGUCCCUGCAGAGGCCGAUCAAUGCUCUCCCGAACUGUUCGAAUUUGCUCCAAACCAGUCGAUACGGAUUCAUGACUAUCCAUCAUUAAGAAGGAAGCCUACGCCAGGACACGAUCAGAAUUUGGAAAUUGUGGCUAAAUCGAUCAGCGACUUGACGACAUCAGAGGAGACAAGAUCACACGGAGGCCGCGAGCCCUCAUCAUUCGAACUUCAAUCGUCGACGUGUCAGGACAACGAACAACUGUACUCAAACAUAGUCAAAAUGACAGAGUUUGCUGAUUCUCCCAUCAUUUCAUACUCAAAAUUAGUCCGUUCGCCACUCAAAGAGAGGAAGAAUCGUCAGCGGUUUGGAUUUCAUUCUUCUAGGCAAAAACGAGCACUCCAAGCACUGCAUAGGUCAUAG